GUCGUGACGUCACAGCCCCGGAGCCCGGAACGCGGCCUUAGCAACCGGCCGGGCCCCACUCUCCCGCAGGCGCCCGCCGCCUCCUGCCUGCUCCACCUGCUUUGCGGGGGCUGGCCGGGCCCUGGGAAGGACCGAAGGGGGCCCAACCUGUAGCCCCCGAGGCCGCUGCAAGAGGAUCUCAGCAUGGAGGGCGGCCGGAGAGUUCGAGCAACGUCUGUCCUUCCCCGAUUUGGCCCAUCCUGCCUGUUUAAAGGACACUUGAGCACCAAAAGUAACGCUUUUUGCACUGACUCCUCCUCUCUCAGACUAAGUACUCUCCACCUGAUCGAGACCCACAUGGCUAUUCACUAUAAUAAAAUCCUUUCCGCCAAAGCUGCAGUAGACUGCUCAAUUCCAAUAAGCUUGACUACCAGCAUCAAAUAUGCAGAUCAACAACGAAGGGAGAAACUGAAAAAGGAAUUAGCGCAAUAUCAAAGGGAUUUCAAAUUGAGUAAAACUGCAGGGCAAGCCAAAUCUAAAAAUAAUUCUAGGUCAUUAUUUAAUGGUCUCGAAAAGCCCUCAGGGGAACCACAAGUUGAGGAUGAGAAGAUUGGAUUCAAUUUUAUGAAAGAACCACAAGUUGAGGAUGAGAAGAUUGGAUUUAAUUUUAUGAAAGAAGUGAAUAAAUUUUCAUCCUUCCCGAGGCCACUGGUAACUUCUUCAGAGAGUCUGUGCCUAAAUGUACCUAAAUCCAGUGAAGUCUUCAGUUCUGGUACCAAAAAGAGUGCCAGUUCCUCUCUGCCCAUCACGGAUUACAACGUCUCUGAGCCCAGAAAACCAUGUUCUAGAGUCAAAAAUGUCAGACGACCCAAGAGCACAUUCUCAAAUUCCCACCGUUUCCAGUUAGUUAUCUCAAAAGCGUCCAACGGUGACCUCCUAGAUAAACAUUCCGACCUCUUCUCCAGUACCCAGUUGCCAUUCACUCCCCGCACUUUAAAAUCAGAAGCGAAAUCAUUCCUGUCACAGUAUCGAUACUACACUCCUGCCAAAAGAAAGCAGAAUCUUGCAGAUCCGCAGACAGAAGCUGAGACCCAGGCUGAGCCAAACAGCCUUAAGUCUGAUUGUGAUGCAGCUGCAGCUGAAAACGUCGUAGACUCAGAAUUGACUCUACAGCAGGUAUCUAGUUGUCUGACAUAUAAAGAAAAAGAAAUAACCCAUCUGCCUUUGGAAAUACAUGGCUUAGCGUGGGACAGCAUUAAAAAUGACCCUCCUCAGUAUUCCUCAAGCACGAUAUGUCAGUAUUCCCUGAACUCUCCUGUAGGAAGAAAAAGUUUCACUGAUAAAGAAGAAUUAUUGUAUCUGAGUUUCAUUGAAAAUAUAACAGAGGACAUUUUGAAAGUUGGUUUAUUUUCAAACAGGUUCUUAGAACAACUGUUUGAGCGCCACAUAAAACAAAAUAAACAUCACUUGGAGGAGGACAAAAUGCGUCAGAUGCUGCAUAUCCUGAAGGUGGAUUUAGGCUGCAUAUCCAAGGAAAACUCAGUCACCCUAAAUGUUGGCAUGUCGAAUGUAUCGGAUUUUGAAACCGAUGGGAGUUCCAAACAAGAUGAUUCUAAAACUGAACAGGAUAUAGAAUUGCAGCUGGAACGCAAACAAUACCUAAAAGCUCUGGACAUGCUCCUGUCCCUGCCCAAGGAUGAGAAUGAGCUGUCUUCGUCGGGUGACUUUCACCUGCCCCCCCAUAAAUCCAAGUCUUCGGAAGAGGUCAUCGUCCAGCAGCUGAACGACGAACCCACGUGGGACCCUUUAAUGUUGGGCAAGAGAAGCACCGUGGUGUCGGACAGCCUGACGAACCAGGACACCUGUGUGAACGUCGUGGAGGUGGACAGCGACGCCGAGGAGGUGGAGCCGUCAAGUGAAUUGUGUUGCCUCGACACAGCCCUGCCCGGGCCCAAGGAGCUGUGCAGUGUCCAUGACGAUGACGAAAACCACGACCAGGAACUGUCUCUGAAAAUCAUAGAGAUCAGCACUCGAGUCGUGGAUGAGCACUGA